AGCUUUACUGGACAGGCAUUUGCAGCCAUGGAGCUUGUAGGGGCUACCCUGACGGCAACAUAUGCCCACCCUAGACCAACACCCUCAAAUUUUCUGCCAGCUAUCAGCACUAUGGCAUCAAGCUAUAAGAACCGAUUUCCUCACUACUCUCUGACCCACAGCUUGAGCUUGCCCUGGAGACCCAGCACCUAUUACAAAGUUGCUGCAAUCACUCCAACUUUGGCACCUUUCUCAAAGAGUUCUCAGGGACUCACCCCAAGCAAGAUGCUCCCCUUUGUUUCCAACAGAACAGCACUCUUUACUAGGUACACCCCAGAUGACUGGUAUAGAUGUAACCUGACAAACUACAAGGAAUCUGAAACUUCGCGGCAUGGGGCUGAGAGGCUGAGGGUGGAUACCUCCCGCAUGAUCCAGGACAAGGACCAGCAAACUCGGAAAACUCAAACAGAGACAACGAAAAAUCUGGGAGAACGAGUCAAUGACAUACUAUUUUGGAAAAGUGAACUCAGCCAUGAGGUAGAUGAAAUGAUUGGGGAAACAAAUGCCCUUACAGAUAUGAAGAAACGACUGGACAGAGCGUUGGCAGAAACCGAAGGGCCUCUCCAGGUAGCUGAGGAAUGUCUGCUUCAUCGAGAGAAGAGAAUGGGCAUCGAUCUUGUUCAUGAUGAAGUGGAGAAACAGCUACUGACAGAGGUUGAUGUCAUCCAUUCAUGCCAAGAGAGAAUGAGAAGACACUUGGAUAAGGCGAUAGCCCAGCUUGCGUCUGAUAGGGCAGCCCAACAUGAGUUGGAGAAAGACCUGAGUGACAAGCAGUCAGCUCAACGGAUCGACGACAAAUGUCACCAUCUCAGGAAUACAUCUGAUGGCAUCAGCUAUUACCGAGGUGUGGAGCGAGUCGAUGCAACGAUUUCAGUGCCAGAAUCCUGGGCCAAGUUCACGGACGAUAACAUUCUGCGGUCCCAGAGCGAGCGGGCGGCCUCCUCCAAACUCAGGGACGACAUUGAAACGCUGCUGGUAGUGACUGCCAACGAGAUGUGGAACCAGUUCAACAGAGUCAACGUUGCCUUUACCAACCGCAUCUCUGAAACUGCAGAUGCCAAGAACAAGAUUCAGACUUAUCUGGCUAAGACUCUACAGGAAAUCUUUCAGACAGAGAUGACCAUAGAAGCAAUUCGGAAGGCCAUUAGGGACAAAGGACCUUCCUUGAAGGUGGCCCAAACCCGCCUGGAUGAGCGUACUCGUAGACCCAAUGUAGAACUCUGCCGGGAUUCAGCUCAGUUACGCCUUGUUAAUGAAGUGUAUGAAAUAGAUGAUACAAUCCAGAGCCUUCAGCAGAGGCUGAGAGAAGCAGAAGAUACGCUCCAGACACUGGUCCACACCAAAGCCAAUUUGGAACACGACCUCGCUGUCAAAGCCAACACUCUCUUCAUUGAUCAGGAGAAAUGCAUGGGGAUGAGGAAGACUUUCCCCAACACGUUGAGGCUGGUGGGGUACACUUAG